AACAUAUAAUCUGCCAUUUGGGUCACUGUCAAUAGUCGCAUUAUCUGGCCGUUUGAGUAGAAAUGUCAAAUGGCCGGCGUGCUCCCAUUGCUAUGGGAGUUAACACCGCAGCACUCCUGGACUCAUCAGCUGGUGUAAGUCCUGAAAAACGUUCGCGUGAACAAAGCCCGAUACUAUCCCGGGCACACAGGGGCAAAUUAGCUUUAAGAUUAGUUACACCCAAAACUAGCCCCCAAGGUGGCAGGUCCACCGCCUCUGUGGAUAGUACUGUAUCGCCUCUAAUCCCUGGCAAAAACGACCAAGCAACCCAUCGUAGACAUAAUGACACUCUUGCGUUGCUAAAGGAUUUGGAUAUAGAUAUACUUACAGACCGGAGUCCCAAGAAACUAGGUAGAAGUAUUGGGGUUCGGUCUAUGGACGACGUACUGUUGACGGAAUCAAGUUGUACCGACCUAGAUACAACCAGUGCAGUUACAUUACCGUCUAGUCAUGAAUGUAUCACGCCAAGUAGACGAGAUCUAAUUGAUAUCGCUACCGAGUCAAGGUUACCCAGCCCGGUUAUAAGCAAUAGGGUGGACCAUUUAUAUCAUGGCACGGCUACACCUAGCAAGGUUAAAAUAUUGACUGCUACUGAAAUGUCAACUCAGGAGGUCAUGAUGCAGUACUACUCGCCUAGACGUAGCAUCGGAUUAUCAUCGCCACAAUCGAGGUCAACCUGUACAAGUAUGGCACAAGGUACCAUCUCCGACAGCAUAAAGGUAGUCGUCAGGGUUAGACCCGUUGAUCCAAGUGUGAUACCCGUUAUACAAGUGGUGGAUAACGUUAUAGAGGUCCACAGGCCUGGCAAUGCACAAAGUGUACUGGAUUCCCAACGUCCUAAAGUAUGCAGGUAUCAUUUUGAUAGUGUCUUUGAUGCUGAAGCUACCCAGGAGGAUGUAUAUAACGCCACAUCACGUGACCUGGUACAGAAAGCGUUCGAUGGUAUUAAUGGCACUGUAUUUGCCUAUGGGUGUACCAGUGCAGGUAAAACCUAUACUAUGGUGGGUGAGAACAAUACCUACGGUAUUGUGCAGAUGACCCUAGCGAGCAUAUUCGAGCACAUUGAAAAGGUAUGCCCAGAAACUGAGGCAUACUUCUCUUUCAUGGAGGUGUAUAACGAAACUGUAUUUGAUCUCCUAGCACCGGUGUACAAAUCAUUGGACGUCCAGGAGGUUUCCGGAGAGGUUAAAGUGCCACUGCUUAGCGUAGCCAGGGUAAACAGCCUCCCAGAAACGCUGGCACUGCUAUCCAAAGGGAUAAAGGCUAGGAAAAAGGCAAUGACAGAUGCAAAUCGGCAUUCCAGUAGGUCACACGCGAUAAUGCAGGUUAGUGUCCAUUACAAAAAGAAGCGGUCAAAGGUCACCUUCAUUGACCUUGCGGGAUCAGAGAGGUCGGGGAUCACAUCUAACGGAGCCCGAGCAAAAGAAUGUGGUCAUAUAAACCAAUCGCUGUUGGCAUUAGCCAACUGUAUAAGUGCCCUAUCGGAUACAUCAGCAAGCAGGACUAAAGUUAAGUACAGAGACAGUAAGCUCACGCUGCUGCUGAAGAAUGUACUGUUCACUAACGCGGAAGUCAUAAUGAUAGCUGCAAUACACCCAGGCACCCAGUUCAUACACGAGACGCAAAAUAGCCUAAUGUAUGCAAGACGUGCCAAAGAUGUAAAGGUGGACUUCCAAGUGGAAGAUAGUUGUAACGAGUAUGAUUAUGACGUAGCUCUUAACGAAGCUUACACAGCUAUUAUGCUGAUCGGUCAAACACUAAGUGAUGAAGCUCGUAACGAUAUCGUGCAAAUGUUACGGGCAGAGCCACUAUCAGGUAGAGAGUUUCUCGUAAACCUCCUAAGCUCGCGAGUCACGAUACAGAACAGCAAUUCAAUAUAAA